ACGAAGUUGCUACGCGAAGUGAGAGGCGAUUUGCAAAUGCGCAUGCCCCGUCGGUGGGAUGCUGUGGGAGGACCCCGGUUAUCCUGUGGCCGCUCGGCAAUGUUUUUAUAGAGAAAUGCGAGACGAUUGAGACUUCGGGCAGCAACAGGACUGCAAACAUGGCCAACAAACUGAAGUGUUGUCAUUUCCAAAGCGUCAGAACAUAAACAUUGCCUGCGAAACAGUUCGAGCGAUACAAACAACAAAUAUUACGAACGCAACACAAAGUGCAGUCGAGAUUUUUGAUCAAAGCGAAAAGUCAUAGAAGUGCAGCAUAGAAGUCAAAAGAAAACGCAACAGAGAAAAAGAGUUGUGCGAUAAUCAAAGUGCAAAUCAAAUGUGUCUGUAUUUGGGUGUCGUGGAGCAUUUGGUGGAUGUGGUCGCCUAUUGUGUGUGCCGCGUGCUGGAGUUGUCGCUGGUCACUUUCAUGAUGAUGUGCAGCACCGCCAAAGCCAAGUUGGCCAAUGUGCAACUCACCUUUGCCAGCAGCAGCAACAGAAACAAUGAGCUAACACUGGCCGAGCAAUGACCCAUCAGAGCAAGUGACAGGAAUGAAGCUGGUGAAAAUUUGGAUGUCUUCAGUGGCGGCGGCUACAGCACUUGAGGCAAGCAUCAGUCUGAUGCCGUGACAAGAGACAAGGGAGAAGGGGGUCUGCAAUGUGUGACAUUUUAAUUUAAGAGACUUUUCUACGAAAUAAUAUAUGUGUUAUAUAUGUAUGUGGAAUACACUUGUAUGUAUGUAUGUAUGUAUAUGUAAUUGUGUGUCU